AUGUCGACCGAGCAAUCCCAGAGGCUCCAGACGGUCCACGCCCUCCUCGACGGCUACGGUAGCCUGUCGGUCCCCACGCUCGCGGCCCCCCUGGCGGACGAUUUCAAGCACCAGGUGCUGCCCGAAUCACUGGGCAUGCCGGCACGCGACAAGGCGGCGUUCGAGCAGCAUGCGGCGGGCAUUUUCUCCGUCUUCGAGGCCUUCGCCAUGGUGCCCAAGGCCGUGUUCGAGGACAGCGAGCGGAACGCGGUUGUCGUGUCGGCACGCAUGCAAGGAACGCUCAAGGGUGGGAGGGGCGAAUGGAGAAACGAAUGCGUCAUGCUGAUCACGCUUUCCGAAGACGGCACAAGGGUGGUUGCCGUGGAGGAGUUUGUUGACAGCGCGAAGGCGCUGGAGAUGCGGGCCAAAGUAGCGCCCAAGGGCUUCGAUGAGUGA